ACAUCACCAAUUUUUACAUCCUCAAGAAGUUUCAAACUUCACAACUCAAAAAAUAUGAUCACGGGGUAUGCUAGAUUAAAAAUAAUGUCAAACACGUGGUUGAUUUCCAACCAAAUACAAGAUUGAGAAAAUGCCAUAUGAAAUUGAGUAUUUAUCUAAUUUUGUAUCGAGACAAACAUUUUAGGUUAGUAAAACAAAUAAGACAAUGCAUAUAUCAAGUAAAUACAUUGAACAAAUAAUAUUGUAAAUGACUCAUAAAGGCCGGGUCAAUUUAUAAGUCAAAUUAUAUCGUGAUUUUGCAUAAAACGAGAAAUAAAUGGGAAUAAGAAAAUAGGGAAAGACCAAGAAAAUGUUUCUUCUUGCUAUAUGUAUAUAUAUUUUUUGUGGAAAAUAUGAGGUUAAUCUUGACUUGUCAAGCUAGGUUUUAUAGUGGAUGGCAAACGGUAUCCAAUCCAACCCACUGUUUCCCGAUCCUUUGCCUUGUUUCCUAAGCAUUCACUACUUUUCCAAGUCAUCGUCAAUAUUACUUUAUACUAGUCACACACAAUAUGAAUACAUCAAUAUAUAAUCUAUGUCGUGAAAUUUCAACGAAAUAUCUCUUAUUUAUAAUGUAGUGAUAUAAGAUUGAUCGACAAUUAUGAUAAUCACACGUAACUUCAUUGAAAAUUGUUGUAAUUAGAUUCAAAAUAUACUUAAAUAAUGAGAAUAAUGUGCUAACUUUCAACCAGCAAUCAUUUGGAUGAAGAAACUAACUUUUCACUCCAAUGCUUGUAAUCGUCAAAAAUUAGAAGGGAAGGCCGCCGGGAUCGACAUAUUGCAAUAAUGAUCCAUUUGAAAACAAUACGUCGUCCAAGCCCAAGCCCAAGCCCAGGCCCCGAAACGGGAUUCCAUUAGGCCCAAAUAAUACGUCCAUUCGCUAUUUAGUUAAAAUAUUUAGUUCACUGACCAUUUUGUAAGGGCAUCAGAAUUUAAUGACCAUCUAACCAAAUAUAGAGGGCGGAAAGAACGCGCUGUCUCACAGAAGAGGCAGAAGGAUGAAAAAUUAGGGAUUCUUUUUUUCUCAUACAGAAGAAGAGAGGGGAGAUCGGAGACAACCGGCGAAAUAGCCGUAGCACCAAUUCUCCAUCUUCCGGCGACGAGCUCCGUCUUUAUCCCAAUGGACGACGAAUCCGCGCAGAAGUCCAACGGUAGUCAUCACGGCUCUUCCAAUGGCGCCGUCAGCAAUUCCGAUCAAUCGGCCCCUUCGGACAGGCUCCUCCGCGUCUACGCCGAUGGGAUCUACGAUCUCUUCCACUUCGGCCACGCCCGCUCCCUCGAACAGGCCAAGAAAUCGUUUCCGAACGCGUACCUGCUCGUCGGGUGCUGCAACGACGAGAUCACGCACAAGUUCAAGGGGAAAACGGUGAUGACGGCAGCUGAGCGCUACGAAUCCCUUCGCCAUUGCAAGUGGGUGGAUGAAGUCAUUACUGAUGCGCCAUGGGUGAUCAACCAGGAGUUUCUUGACAAGCACAACAUUGAUUAUGUGGCUCACGAUGCCCUGCCAUAUGCAGAUGCAAGUGGAGCCGGGAAUGAUGUUUAUGAAUUUGUGAAAAAAGUUGGGAGGUUUAAAGAAACGCAAAGAACUGAUGGGAUUUCUACAUCGGAUAUUAUAAUGAGGAUCCUGAAAGACUACAAUCAGUAUGUCAUGCGCAAUUUGGACAGAGGAUAUACGAGAAAGGAACUCGGUGUUAGCUAUGUAAAGGAAAAGCGACUGAGGGUCAAUAUGAGAUUGAAGAAACUACAGGAGAAAGUGAAAGAACAACAAGAGAGAGUUGGUGAAAAGAUUCAAACAGUGGCAAUGCAUCGGAACGAAUGGGUGGACAAUGCUAAUCGCUGGGUUGUUGGUUUCCUUGAGAUGUUUGAGGAAGGUUGCCAUAAAAUGGGCACUGCCAUCAGAGAUCGACUUCAAGAACGGUUAAUGGGCCAGGAAUCUAGGGAGAUGCUCCUAAAUGGCAACGACGAAGACGAUGAUGAGGAAUAUUAUUACGAUGAUGAUGACGACGAAGACGAGUAUGAGUAUGUAGAUGGCGAAGAAGAAUAUUACGACGACGAAUUACAGUGCAAUACAAACGAAAAAGACGAGAAGAAAACAACUCUCGAGGGAAAUCGAUGAUGAUCUCUCCCUCCUUUAAUCUAUUGACACUUUUUCCCCCUUAUUGGUUUAUUUUAUUGGGUAUGUAAUAGGGGUUUAUUUCAGGAUUAUUGUAAAGUAGAUAGUUUCUAACAAUUGUGGGCUAUGAGUUUUGAGAGAGUGUAGCUUUGCUCUUCAUUUUUGAGAGAUGGACACCAAAAGUAAAAGACUUUACUGGUUUUGUACCAACCAUUUUGUGUCUUUUGGGAAACUUUGAUUCGUAUAUCGAACUAAUUCAGCCGUAUUGAGUUUUUGUCAGAGAGAUUCGUUAUCACCAAUUGUAAGCAAAAACUAGACAUUAUCAAUUACGAGUCGAAACAGCAGCAAGCAACAAACCAGACGAUAACCGGUUUAACAAGCAAACUACAAGUCUCUUAAUCGGGUAACGAACAAGAACCGGCAUGUGGGGCAGGGCUAGGAUGACUGUGGCCAUGGUGCCAAUACCGGUCCAGUCUGUGGCUAUGGUCAAGGCCUUGGCAACCAACCAUACAACUGUUGCUUGAUGCUGCUGCUGAUACAAAAACAAACUGAUAGUGAUAGAAACCAUAUAUUAUAAAAAUUGGCAUGAACUCGAAGAAAUGACAACCGGAAAAGCCAUUAAUAAUACGAAUUCUGGUGC